AGUGUCAUGGCCGCAACCAUGUGUGAUUUGGAUAAAUCGUUUUCUUUCACAUUAUGAACUUUACAAGUGAGAACUGAAAUGUCGAAGAAACAGAAAGGUCGGAAGACGGAAUGGAACGAAUGUGUGAAGUGUAAACUAAUUGUCAGUGAUCGUGAUGUCAACAUUCACAGAGAACAAUGCGGUGACGAACGUUGUAAUCACGGUUUUGUAAAGGACGGUAUUUUGCAUGGAGUUAUCUCCCCCUCCUUGGCUUCAGCAGAUCUGAAGGUGCCAAAGACACGUAAAGAUGACAUAAUUGCUGUACAUCCUAGCACUAUGCUACUAUGUGGCCUUGCUCUAGGAAAACCCUGUAUUAUCAACUCUAAAGUUGUCAAGACAUGUUGGCCUUCAACUGUUGGGAGUUUAACUGGUGUCUACGUUGAUGAGAAAACCUUGGCUGACAUCGGCAGCAAGAAGGAGGAUGUCGUCACAGUGGAGAGUUUUGGUGGAGUGGAAGCACUUGCUGAAGAAGUCAUAUUAGAAUCCAAAGAAUGGAGACCAGUAUACUCUGAUAAAAACUGUAAGAACAGCUUCAAACAUAAACUAUUGAACAGAUAUUUGUGUGAAGGAAACGCAGUUACUUUAUCAUAUUUUGGUCAGCAGUGUGAAUUUCAAGUAAAAUGCCUGAAGGCAAUGGUGAAGCAACUCUGUCUUGUUGAAGUGAUACCUGUCAAUCAACCUGACUUGUCGUUAUCUGACAGCAUGGCCAGUCUCAACUUAUCCGACAUUUCAUUCAAUGAGUUGAAGGAUGAAUCCAGUCAGUCUGACUCUACCUGCUCCAGCAUGAACCAAUCAGUGUCAACACCCAAAACACCUGACAGUAAAACCAGUACAGUGGAAGUCACCAGUCCGCGAGCAUUUCAAACUCCAGUCAUCCAUAGACACAGAAAAUCAAGGAAAUGUGAAAAGUUUUGUAAAGUUGUGUCGUCUACGAAGGUGACAGUGGUGGAUGCUAAUGUUAAAGAGGACGCUGAUGUCGUACGCAAUGCUGGAGUCAUGUUGGAUGACGUUGGAGGUUUGUCCGAGCAAGUGAAGCAGAUAACAGAGAUGGUGCAGAUUCCCCUCACCAACCCGGAGCUGUUCAAGUCUUAUGGCCUUGUCCCUCCCAGGGGAGUGUUGAUCCAUGGGCCGUCCGGCACAGGGAAGACCCUUCUAGCACGAGCUGUGGCCGCUAGUCUCAACAUCAACGUCCUGCACGUGACAGGUCCGCAGAUCUGGAGCAAAUUCUUUGGAGAAACAGAAAGUAAGCUGAGGAAUAUUUUCAAGUCUGCCCAAGAAAUGGCUCCGAGCAUCAUUGUAAUAGACGAACUCGAUGCACUGUGCCCCAAGAGAGACAACUCUAACAGUGAUCUUGAGAAGCGGGUGGUGGCCAGCCUGCUGACUCUCAUGGAUGGCAUCGAUUGCAGUAGUGACAAGAUGGUGGUUGUGCUUGGGGUGACCAGUAAACCGGACGCUUUGGAUGCUGCGCUGAGACGUCCGGGUCGGUUUGACCGGGAGGUGGAGGUAGGGGUCCCCACUGCCAAACAGAGGCUGGAGAUACUUGAGAAGCUGUUGAAGAAGACCCCAAACACGCUGACCACUGAGGAGCUGGCAGAUGUUGCUGAUGCUGCUCAUGGCUUUGUAGGGGCUGACCUGGCAGCAAUUUGUAAAGAAGCUGGCCUGCAUGCUGUGAAGAGGAAGAUGGACACUGGGAAUAAGCAGCUGUUGGUAUGCAGGGAGGACGUGGUGUAUGCCUUGUCAACUGUUCAGCCUAGUGCCAUGAGGGAGGUGCAGCUGGAGGUGCCGAAGGUUCUGUGGUCGGACAUCGGUGGUCAGGCUGAGCUGAAACUAAAACUGAAACAGGCAAUAGAGUGGCCCCUAAAACACCCUGAGUCUUUUAAGAGGCUCGGCAUUAACCCUCCCAAAGGCCUGCUCAUGUAUGGACCUCCAGGAUGCUCUAAGACUAUGAUAGCUAAAGCCCUGGCUACAGAGAGUGGCCUCAACUUUAUAGCUGUCAAGGGCCCUGAGUUGUUCAGCAAGUGGGUAGGGGAGUCUGAGCGUGCGGUGAGGGAAGUGUUCAGGAAGGCUCGUGCUGCUGCUCCGGCUGUGAUCUUCUUUGAUGAGAUAGAUGCCCUGGCUGUAGAGAGAGGGAGUUCUUCUGGAGGCAGUAACGUGGCAGACCGUGUACUUGCGCAGUUGCUGACGGAGAUCGACGGAGUUGAGAAGCUACAGGAUGUCACCAUUGUUGCUGCCACCAACAGACCGGACAUGAUAGACCAGGCCCUACUGCGUCCUGGGAGAAUUGAUCGGAUCCUAUAUGUUCCCUUGCCCUCACCAGACACACGGAAGGAAAUAUUUCAGCUGCAUCUGAAGCGGAUGCCUGUUGAUGUUGAUGUCAGUGUGGAUGAUCUGGUUGAGGAGACUGACAAAUACUCAGGGGCUGAGGUGUCAGCAGUAUGUCACGAGGCAGCACUGUUUGCUCUACAGGAAGAUAUCCACAUCUGUGUCGUCGCUCACAGACAUUUCACGGAGGCUCUGACCACAGUGAAGCCUCGUAUCAGUCACCAGAAACUUCUGUUUUAUGAGACAUACAGCAAACAGAGCGGCCUGCAUGCUCUGUGACAGAUUACAAAUAACUGCAAGUGCUUCUCACAUGGUGCCCCUGCUUGGAGACUGAAAUGUUGGUGGUUCCAGGCUGACCAUCAGCUAUGAAACAACUUUAAAAGAUGGUGCUUAUUGGUUACUUUCUUGCUGUUUUGCAUCAAAGGAACACGGACUGGUCAGCUCAAAGUCAGUGUGGGGUGCUAUGUCCAAAUGGGUAUCACCUGUAUUAUGUUAAACUGUGGUAAGGUAGUUCAGUUGGCUGGCCCUACGGAACCAGUAUUUCCCCAGACUGUACAAGCCAUCACACAAGAACACACACACAUGUGCAAGCUGUUACAUGUAAGGGGCGGUGGGGUAGCCUAGUGGUUAAAGCGUUGUCUCGUCAUGCUGAAGACCCGGGUUCGAAUCCCCACAUGGGUACAAUGUGUGAAGCCCAUUUCUGGUGUCCCCCAUUGUGAUGUUGCUGGAAUAUUGCUAAAAGCGGCGUAAAACCAAACUCAGUCAGUCAGUCAGUGUUACAUGCAAUAGUCUAGAAUGGGUUUUAAAACUAAUCUCACCUCACCAAUUUGAAGGUGCACAUGUAAAUUAUGUUUGUACGAACAUUCUUCAGCUGUGUGCUUCUGAUUCAUCAUCUGUACUGUGAAACACUGACCCACAUUUCAUACACAGAUGUAAUCAUUGUCAGGAGCAAGUACAGUGUUUCAAAGUCUGUGACAUUUUGAAAUUUGCUAAUAAAUACAUUUUCUACA